AUGUCUGUACUUGUACCGCUGUUGCAGAAUGAGAUGCUCGCCGAACCAUCUAUCAAUGAUGGACCCUCGGCCUCCAGUGAUACAGCUGCUAAUAGCCCUGAGGUCAAUGGGCGACGUCCUGCAAAUCACAUGAGACCUCCCUUUGGCGCGGAGGGGUCAAACGAGCUCAAGAGGUGGGAAUAUCAAGUCACCGACUUGACUUGA